AUGGCAAGAAUAUCUUCACCGAUGAUUGACCGCGCGCCGUGCGCCCGCGCACUUGAAGGAGUCAGCACCGUUUCAACGGGGACCAAAUGGCACAAGAAACUGGAUAUGGUCCAGACGGGCGAGACUGCAAGAUCAAGAAGAACCCGCGCCGUGCCGGCGCCGCUCGAGGACUCCAGGACGCCCCGAUCGACUCCUUCUUGGGCGGCCGCAUCAAGGGCCGGGUCAGCUUCUUCUCCCGCUCGGGCUGCCGCGACUGCGCCGCCGUGCGCGCGCGCCUUCUUCCGGCAGUCCGGCCUGCCCUACGUGGAGAUCAACCUGGACGUGUUCCCGGAACGCGAGGCCGAGCUGGCCUCCCGCGCGGGCGCCGCGGCGCGCGUGCCCCAGAUCUUCCUCAACGAGAAGCUCCUGGGCGGCCUCGUGGUGCUCAACUCCCUGCGCAACAGCGGCGAGUUCGAGCGCCGCGUGCGCGACCUCGCGGUCCGCCGGUGCCCCGACUCGGCGCCGCGGGUGCCCGUGUACGGGUUCGACGUCGACGAGGCCGCCGCCGGCGGCGGCAAGGGGGAGGAGACGGCCGAGGACGCUAUGGUGGGCAUCGUGAGGGUGCUCCGGCACCGGCUGCCGAUCCAGGACAGGUUCGUCAGGGUGAAGCUCGUCAAGAAUUGCUUCUCCGGAACAGACAUGGUAGACGGCAUCGUCAACCACCUGGACUGCAGCAGGAAGAAGGGCUUGGCUGUGGAAAUCGUUUAG